UUUGGUUUAAUUUUCAAAAUUCAUAGCCUGUGCAUUUAAAUAUUUAAAUUAAUAUCGUAGACAUAUUCCCCUUUCAGUACCCAGACAAAGGAAGGACGUCGGAAAUCCUAAUACCACAACUCCACCAUACACAUCUUUGGACUUAUAGAUUUCAGCGUUACUAAGAAGAGGAAAAGAUUCAACACACUUUUAAAAAUAUCCUACUUUACAAAGUAAUAUGAAGUCUACGUAUUUGAGAGAAUACAAAUUAGUCGUUGUAGGUGACGGUGGUGUUGGUAAAAGUGCUCUUACAAUACAACUGAUUCAAUCUCAUUUUGUUGAUGAAUAUGAUCCCACAAUUGAGGACUCCUAUCGAAAGAAGUGUGAAAUUGAUGGGGAAGGAGCACUUUUAGAUGUUCUUGAUACAGCUGGACAAGAAGAAUAUUCCGCUAUGCGGGAGCAAUAUAUGCGAACAGGUGAAGGAUUUCUUUUGGUAUACAACAUAACUUCUCGAUCAUCCUUCGACGAAAUAAACACGUUUUACCAACAAAUUUUACGAGUUAAAGACAAAGACAGCUUUCCUGUGGUCCUAGUCGCGAAUAAAUGCGAUUUAGAGAGCGAAAGGGUAGUUUCUCGAGCUGAAGGUGAAGCUCUCGCUCGAAGCAUGAAAUGUAUCUACGUUGAAACUUCAGCAAAGCUUCGACUGAACGUUGAGGAAGCUUUCUAUAGUCUUGUCAGAACAAUCCGUCAUUUUAAUAGAAGCGAAGAGAGGGGCCUUCAUACUAAACAAGCUGCACAAGCUCCAAAAUCUCAGCCAGCUGCUAAAGCUACUAAAAGCCCCACUACACCUCGUACUGAUGAUUCUUCUUCAACAAAAUGCUGUGUAAUAUGUUAAAUUUUUCUUCUUUUGUUUCUAUUUCCGUUUUUGGUUGUGGCUAAAUUUUUUCCUUUGGAAUAGAAGUACGAUUACGGGUUUUAUAUUAAGUACUGUUAUUUCUCGUUCAUUGUUGAAAAACGUGUUUUUACCUCUAGAGUUUGGAUUGGUAUGGAUUUGCACCUCUCACUAGAAAGAGAUUGAUUGAACUUAACCUGCUUUUCACUUGAUAAUUAUAAUGUUGUGGUGGUACUCUACUACCUUUUGCUAUUUUACCUUCUACUUAAUUGCAUUAGAGCCUCCUUAGUUUUUCGUCUAAAAUAUAUAUAACAAGCUUUCAAUACUUGUUGACAUAAUAUACAGAAGUCUAAAUUUUUAUUAAAUAAA